UUCGAAAUGGUUUCGGUGUGCGGUAUCGAGUGCGGCAUACUUUGAAGAUAAGCCUUCAUUUCCAAAAUGUACUCACUACUGCAUAAAGAAGAAACUGCUCACGAAGAAAGCAUUUGGUCAUGUUCGUGGGGUAGAGUGACAGCAGAUGACGAACAUGGCAAAGAAAGUGAUGGUGAUGCCGACAAUUCCCGCGACUCAGCAGGGAAUCAGAAAAAUAGCGGUGAAUUCCGAGAUUUUGUCGUUACGGGUGGACUAGAUGAUCGUGUAAAAGUUUGGGAUGUAAAACCUGAUAACAAAUUAAAACUUAGAAACACAUUCACUGGACAUUCUCUCGGUGUUGUAUCUGUUGACGUGAGCAGUAAUGGGAAAGUUAUUGCCAGUAGCUCUCUCGAUUCCGGAUUAUGCAUCUGGAAAGCAGAAUCUGGCCAAUUGCUGAACCAGAUUUCUCUUGGACCUGUAGAUUUGUGGACUGUGGCUUUUUCUCCGUGCGACAAGUACAUAAUAUCUGGAUCGCAUGAGGGUAAAAUUUCUCUGUACAGCGUUGAGACCGGAAAACCAGAGCAAGUCCUGGAUCCUCAAAAUGGAAAAUUUACGCUCAGUAUUGCCUAUAGUCCGGAUGGUAAAUACAUUGCCAGUGGUGCAAUCGACGGAAUUAUCAAUAUUUUCGACGUAGCAGCGGGAAAAGUAGCACAGACUCUUGAAGGUCACGCGAUGUCGGUUCGUAGCCUAUGUUUCUCACCAGAUUCUCAAAUGCUGCUAACUGCUUCUGAUGAUGGACACAUGAAACUUUACGAUGUCGCUCAUUCUGAUGUAGUAGGAACUCUGUCAGGACAUUCGUCAUGGGUCCUAUCAGUUUCAUUCUCUGGGGACGGUAAGAGUUUCGCAUCAUCAUCAAGUGAUAAGACCGUCAAAGUUUGGAAUGUUGCUGAACGUCAAUGUUUGCACACCUUCAAUGAUCAUCAAGAUCAAGUGUGGGGCGUUAAGUAUAGUCCUGAUAGUUCGAAGGUUAUAUCGGUUUCAGAAGACAAAAGUGUUAAUCUCUACGACUGUCCACCUAAUAUCAUAUGAACAGAAAAUAAAUAAAAGGAUUGACAA